UCACUGUUAGUAUCAUGUUAAAUUGAUUUAAAAACACGGUAAUGCGUCUUUUAGUGUUCGUCCGCUGAACAUAUGACGCUCUGCGUGGCGCUCACGUGCUGAUCAACGUAGUGAACCUCUGUCACUGUCUCUUCUCUUAGUUCUUUUUUAACUGUGCAAUGGAGUCUCUGUCAUUGAAUUAUGUUUCUCAGCUGAACGAUUACCAGCAGAAGACACAGUGCACCGUGGAGUAUGAGGAGGGAUCCACAGAUGGACCGAGUCACAACAAAACGUUCACUAUGAGGGCUAUAGUUAAUGGACAGCAGUAUCCUGAGGGCACUGGGAAAACCAAGAAAGAGGCCAGGCUAAAUGCUGCCAAGAACGCCCUUGAUGCCAUAAAAAACACUCAAAAUACUGAACCUACAACGUCUUCUGUUCAAAACACUCCCAACAAUAUGACUGUAUCUCAGAGGAAUUAUAUUUGCUGGCUCAAUGAGCAUUCAAUGAAGAACAAGUUAUGUUUUAAGGCUCGUGAGUCCAGAAAGACAGGAAACACUGCUCAAUUGUAUACUUAUGUUUGUAAGUAUGUUUGUGGUGAUAAAGAGUUUCCUGAGGUUUGUGGAAAUAAUAAGAAGGACGCUAAAGAAGCAGCGGCAAAAUGUGUUUAUGAAGAGUUACUCAAAACACAAGAUGCAGAGGUCUUCGAUGUCAACAGCAAUCGAACACAGAGGUCAGAGGUUGUGUCUCGUGGUGCUAGCCUGGACCGUGCCAGUUUGAGUUUAGCUGAUGAACCUCGAAGCACCACGCCUGACAGCAACUACAUAGCACUUCUCAAUCACUACAGCCAGAAACGUAAUCAGGCACUUGAUUUUAAAUUAGUGGAGAGACGAGGCCCUCCUCACAACCCUGAAUUUGUAUAUAAAGUAAUUUUGGACGGUAAGGAAUAUCCUGAAGGACAAGGAAAGAGUGCAAAAGAGGCAAAGCAACAUGCUGCUCAGCGCGCUUGGAGUGAAAUGAAUGAGCAAUCUGGAUGGACCACACAGAGUUCUGAAGAUGACAGCUCCUCACAAACUCAUGAUACAUCUAAAUCUGAGGAUGCACAACACUCUUCAAUAAGCUCGUCUGAAACUCCCAGCUCAAAUUCUUUCAUCGUCUUCAAAGACUCAUCUGCUGUCAGCUCUCCUAUGGCUGUAAGUCCAUGUGAGAUCCCACUGGAUGUAAAGCCGAAAAUAAAAUUAGCACCAGUUUUUCUUCUGUCACCAAUCCAGCCUUGCCUGGCCAGGAGUAAAGAGGUUGAUCCCAUCGUGAAUGCCCACAGUCCUACAAAGCCAUCUGAAGAUCAACCUUCAAACCAAGCUGUAAAGUCAAGGUUUUUAGAAGACUUUGACUCAAUAAGUCGAAUUGGCAAAGGUGGCUUCGGGCGUGUUUUCAAGGCAAGACGAAAGCUUGAGGACACAUAUUAUGCUGUGAAGAUAGUGAAGAGUAAAGUAAAAGCUCUUCGUGAGGUUGGGGCUUUGGCUGGUUUUAAUAAUGCCAACAUCGUCCGGUAUUACACAGCCUGGGUCGAGGACACGACAUACAGAUACGAUUCUUCAGAGAGCUACAGCCAUUCAGAUUCUGGCAGUGACCCAGUCACAAAGUACCUCUACAUUCAGAUGGAGCUUUGUGAGGGAGACACGCUUUAUGCCUGGAUUGGUAAAAUGAAUUCUUCAAAUGUUGGUUGUCCUGAGCGGAGGACGGAUGCAGCACAGAUCGGCAGACAGGUGAUGAAGGCUGUGGAGUACAUUCACUCCAAGAGCUUCAUCCACCGAGACCUGAAGCCUUUGAACAUAAUGUUCAACAGUGAGGGAACAGUAAAGGUUGGAGACUUUGGCCUCGUGACAACAGCAGAAAAUGACAAUGACACACAACUGCUGGAACGGACUAAAGGGACGGGAACCCAUUCUUACAUGAGCCCAGAGCAGAUGGCUCAAACAUCCUAUGACAAAAAGGUGGAUAUAUACGCUUUGGGUCUCAUAUACUUUGAACUCAUCUGGAAACUUGCCACGGUGUCUGAAAAGAGCCAGAUUUGGGAAGAUAUAAGAAGUAGGAAAUUUCCAACACAGUUCUCUAUGAAGUUUAACUUUGAGCACAAGCUUAUAGAUCGAAUGCUGAGUCCCAGUCCUGAAGAGAGACCAGACGCCUCCAAGUUGAUCAAAGAGCUGGACCGAUGUACUAACAUCCUGAAUGCAGAUAAAGACAACAGGACCAUUUAAUGAGAUCUCAUCUCUUAAAUGCCUAUGUAAUAAUAGCAGUUGCUCAUACUGUAACAUGUAAGGUGAAGCAUUUGGUAGAUGCUUCCAUAGAGCAACUUACAAAAAGGUUCACAUGGAAAGAGUGCAAUUUUAAAAACAAGGGGAUGAAGGGGAAGUUGACGUUAAACAAUGAAAAUUUUGGCAUCAGUUACUCUUUUUUUAAUGCCGUUCUUCUGUGGAAGAUAUGUAGUUGAAUGCCUGCUAUGUUCUGUAGAACACAAAAAAAAAACAGAAAUGCACAAAGGUAUAAAGUGAGUUUAUCUUGCGUCUAACACUUAUCUGUGCUCUCUGAUCAUGCCGUUGUAUUACUGUAAUUCAGUCUGUAUGUUUACAUGAAUUAUCAUGUCAUGAAUCAUGUCAAUAAUCAGUGUUGAUUCAGUCUGUUUCUAUUUAAAUGAAUUUCCUUUGGAACAGAAGUUGAAUCCAUUAGUCUGUAUUGCAUAAUAUUCUUUAACAAUAAAUCAUUGAGCUUUUAA